GGGAAACUUCUCGAAUCCAUACCGCACCUCUUUGCUUCGGAACCACCCAAAAGUGGGACUCUCGAGUACCAAUGACGACUCCAAGUGCUACGGGAUGAACCAAAGACUUUCAAAGACGAGCUCGAGCGAAUCCCUUUCCUUAUUCUCAAGCCAUCACGGAACCUGGCGCUCGAGGUACUCCAGCACAAUAUGCGUAACAUUUGCUGGGGCGGCAACAGACUCUGCAUGCUUUCCAAGUCGAAGGAAGCGGAAGGGACGCCGCUCGAGAGCCCAGUGGUGUAUUCAUCUUCCCUUCCAGCGGUCAAUCAAAGACUUCGGGAUGCUGUGGCUUUGCCCGUCGAAAGCGGUGCUCUGAGCAACUUCCCCGGGCGUCGACAACAUCACACUGUCGGGUUCCUCUUGACACUAUCUUGCCCACCCUCCAGAGUCCCUGUCUUUCGUGCUACGCAUUCCCGGGAUUCUCAAUUCAUACGGUAGGUCCUACGGGCCCUCGAAACUAUGAUCCGCGAAAGUCUAGGACCAAGCACGGACCUCGCUCACUCUUUCCUGGGACUAGUUGAGCACUACUUAACUCGACAUGCGUCCUGACCCUGGUGGAUCGACCGUUUUCCUGGUCAUCGAGCAAAUGAUUCACCCAGUCACGCAUUAGCUGGGUCGUCAUGCGUCGCCUUAUCUCAAGGAAACCUAG